CCCUUUCACGACCUCAUCGGGAGGCGGAGUUCAGCGUCCCUACUUUCUCCUACAGCUUUAUCCUGGCCAUGGGGACGACUGGCCCUGUGACUCCAGAGGCACCCUUUGAACCAUCGAAGCCCCCAGUCAUUGAAGGCUUUAGCCCCAGUGUCUACAGCAGUCCAGAAAGCUUCAAGGAAAAGUUCCUUCGCAAGACCCGCGAGAACCCAAUGGUACCCAUAGGCUGCCUGGGCACUGCGGCCGCCCUCACCUAUGGCCUCUACUGCUUCCACCGGGGUCAGAGCCAGCGCUCCCAGUUCAUGAUGCGCACCCGGAUCGCCGCCCAGGGCUUCACGGUCGCAGCCAUCUUGCUGGGUCUGGCUGCGUCCGCUAUGAAGUCUCGACCCUGAGCCCGCGGCCUGGCCUUGAAAGCUCCGGGGGGAUCAUUCCCAGCCCCGGGAGCAACCACCGGUCCUGCCGCCGAACUUACUCCUUCAGCUCCCCUGACAAGCGCCUGAGUCGGUGGGGGAGGAAGUGGCCAACCCGUGUAACCGACACAUUUUUUCAGGACUUUCAGGUUCGGUUCAGUUUGGGUGUUGCGUACUUCUAUUUGUGCCGCACCUUCUCCCCUCCCUACUUAAUAAACUGAUCCACUUGUGGUUUGAUGAGUGCA